UCUCCAUUCCACUUCGUCCAUUCAUUCGCUCUCUCUCUCUCUCUCUCUCUCUCUCUCGCGCGCUCCAUUCUCCGAAGACUCACCAAUCGUCUCCGGUCUCCGAGGAUGGCCGCCAACUCGCUGAUGAGCUGCGGCAUCUCCACCACCUCCUUCCCAUCCGUCCUCUCCUCCUCCAAGUCGAAGUUCGCCGCCGCCGUCCCACUCCCGAGCGGCGCCUCCACGAAUGCCGUGUCGCGCUUCUCCAUGUCGGCCGACUGGAUGCCCGGUUCGCCCCGGCCACCCUACCUCGACGGCUCGGCACCCGGUGACUUCGGGUUCGACCCGCUUCGGCUCGGGGAAGUCCCGGAGAACCUGGAGAGAUUCAAGGAGUCUGAACUCAUUCACUGCAGAUGGGCUAUGCUCGCUGUUCCCGGGAUCUUGGUGCCGGAAGCCUUGGGCUUAGGAAACUGGGUGCAAGCGCAGGAGUGGGCGGCCAAGCCCGGAGGCCAGGCCACCUACUUGGGCAACCCGGUGCCGUGGGGAACUCUGCCCACCAUCCUCGCCAUCGAGUUCAUCUCCAUCGCCUUUGUCGAGCACCAGCGCAGCAUGGAGAAGGACCCGGAGAAGAAGAAGUACCCCGGCGGCGCCUUCGACCCCCUCGGCUACUCCAAGGACCCCGUCAAGUUCGAGGAGCUCAAAGUGAAGGAGAUCAAGAACGGUCGUCUGGCGUUGUUGGCGUUCGUCGGGUUCUGCAUCCAGCAAACGGCUUACCCUGGCACCGGGCCCCUGGAGAACUUGGCGACGCACCUUGCUGAUCCGUGGCACAACAACAUCGGGGACAUCCUCAUUCCCAGAACGGUCUCGCCUUGAAACGACAUCGAGAAAGAUAGAAGAGUCUCCUGUAUGAGUUGGACACAUCCUGUAAAAUCCCUUCGUGAUCAUCUGUAACGAAUCCCGUGAUCCUUUGCUACGAGUCUUUUAUGAAUCAUGCUAAUUGUCUGGAGUUCAAAAGUUUCUGAACUUUGUUCUGCUUAGCCUAUCAAGGAAUGCGAGGGUACAUUCAAUGAA